UAAAAAGGGCCGGGUCCAAAUGCCUCCUCCAAAAGAAAACUGGAACUCUUUCACCAGUGCCUAUUCAACAACAGCCAUCGGAUGCUUGCCAAAUGCCGCAGCCGCUCGAUCUGCACCGUCCAUUUCGAACGGCCGUUAGCCUUCGCGCCAACUAAUUCCGCAGCCCCCUGUAAGCCUCGGACCGACCACGAUGCCCCCCGAAACGGCGGCGCCAAGGCGGUCUCAUCUCCGGACUCCGAGUCGACUCGCUCCGGCGAUUCUCGCUUCGACUCGAUGCGCGCCUUUUGCUCCGACGCCCUCAAGGGGUCGGCGAAGUUCCGGCUCCUUCGCGAGGGAAAACAAGUGCACGCACUCGUGGUGAAGUCCGGGCUGUGUAGCUUUCUGUCCUUGCAGAAUCAGGUCUUGGAUGUUUACCUCAAAUGUGGGCAGUGCUGCGAUGCCCGGACAUUGUUCGACGAAAUCCCCAGGAAGAAUGUGGUCACGUGGAACACAUUGAUCUGCGAUGCCGCAGCUCGUGGCGCUGAUACUGAGUUGUUCUCUGACUUGAUUUGUUAUUUCAGGAGGAUGUUGACGGAGUCGGUGAAUCCGGACUUCUUGACGUUCAAUGGUCUCCUCCGAGCUUGCGUAGAGUCUGAUGAUAUUCGGCUUGGUAGGCAGUUGCAUUGUUUUGUAGCGAAAUACGGGCUCGGUGUAAAUUGUUUUGUCAGCAAUGGUCUUAUUAGUUUAUACGGGAAAUGUGGUCGAGUUGAAGAGGCGAGGCAGGUUUUUGAUGAUGUAGCUUAUAGGGAUUUGGCCGUUUGGAACACGAUGUCGUCUUGCUAUGCUUGGACAUUCUCAGCUGCAGAGGCUUUUGGGUUCUUCAAUUUAAUGCGGUUGGCUGGAGUGAAAGGCGACGAGUUUACGUUUUCUAGUUUGCUUAGCUGCUGUGCCACUUCAGGCCAAUGGCGAUUGGUUGAGCAAAUUCAUGGUCUCGUGAUUAGACUUUCUUUUGACGCCGAUAAUAUAGUGGCGAGUGCGCUGGUUGAUGCAUGUGGGAAGAACGGGCUGAUAGACGAUGCUCAGAAGGCUUUUGACAUGAUGCCCUCUAAGAAUGUUGUUUCUUGGACCACAAUCAUUGUAGGAUAUGGAAGGGUUGCAGAUGGAACGAUGGCCAUGAAGCUUCUUCGAGCAAUGCUCCAGAAAGACUUCCACCCUGAUGAAUUGACUUUGGCUAGUGUUCUUAGCUCCUGCAGUAAUACAACAUCCUCAUCUGAAAUAAUUCAAGUCCAUGCUCAUACAAUUAAAAGUGGGUUUGAAUCUUUCUUGUCAGUUUUAAAUUCUCUGAUAAACGCAUAUUCGGGAUGUGGGCACAUGGACGGUGCAUCUAAAUGUUUCAGCUCAGUAGAUGAACCUGAUCUUGUAACAUGGAGCACAAUCAUCCGUGGAUAUGGAUUUAAUGGUCUAGCUAAAGAAGCAACAGAAAAUUUUGAGAAGAUGUUAUCUUGUGGCAUACAGCCAGAUAAAAUUGCUUUUCUUGGGGUUAUCUCUGCCUGUGCUCACGCUGGAAUGGUAAGCAAGGGCCUUCAUUACUUUGAUUUGAUGAUCAAUACAUAUUGGCUUGUGCCUGAUGUUGAGCAAUAUGCGUCUCUAAUCGAUCUUGCUGCACGCGCUGGUCUUCUGGAUGAGGCUUAUGAUUUGUUGACCAAACUGCCUGAAUUACAUGCAGAGAUGCUAGGAGCAUAUAUAGGGGCAUGUAAAGUCUAUGGCAACGAGAAGUUAGCACAUGAAGCUGCUGAAAUGCUACUUUCCAUAGAGCCGAACCAGACUGUUAAUUACAGUCUUACAUCAAAUAUCUAUGCUUCUGAAGGAAAGUGGACAGAAGUAGCAAGAGUAAGGAAAAAGAUGAGGGACGGGUGUGACGACAAAGUUGCUGGUUGUAGCUGGAUUCAUAUGUCGGAUCACAUUCAGGCAUUUGUUUCGAGUGACAAGUCCCACCCACAAGCCUUUGAAAUAUAUGCUUUGCUCGGAAUGUUGCUCAGGCAACUCAAGGAGGACAGUGACUCCCAAUUCUGCUGUUAAUUUGGAUCGAAAAAUGCGUGCUUGAAACAUUGGAUUGACCCAUACUUCAAUACCUAGUCGAGAAUGAACUUGCAAUCAGAGGUAUCACCAGAGCUUUUGUAGAACUUCACUAAACUACUGCUCAUAAACUUUUAACGUCCAGAGAAAUAUACCAUCAAGUAAAGGUUCUCCGAGGAAUCUCUCAAUAUGAUUUCUUGGUGUGACUGGGAAGAUGUUAGUCAGAGAUGGGAAAUCAAAUGAUGUACACUUAGGUGGCCAAUGAUGGAGCUUUCCUACUGGAGUGGACCAUUGCCACGACACUGGAAAAGCCGAGCAGUUGCUUCUCCAGAGAAAGAUGGGAUGGUUAUGCAAACCAUUAUGGACAGUAGCAAGGGCCUAAAGUUUCGUCUCUCAAAAAGAAGUCGAGGUUAUCCUUCAAAAAGGAGGGUAAAUGAAAAGAGUUCGUUUCUUCCUCAAUUGGAUUUAAUGCAUCGUCCGUCCAAUUGGAAAUGAUGACAGAAAGCAUAUGUCAUUAAAGGAACUCCAAUAGGAAGUGAUUUAAAGCAAGCAAUGUUUUCUCUUUCCCGAGAAGAUAGGUUACCUCAUAUAAUACUAAACCAGAAUGAGCCCGGGAUUGGAGGUUAGAUGGAGAAGAGAAGCGAGUGGAAGAGGAGUGCAGAAUGCCUACUGUGGAUAUCUUGAUUAAGAGAAGCAUUUUGUUCUCUUUGAGAACAUUUUUCCC